AUGCAGGUAGAUCUAAUAAGAGGGCCAUUAUCCAAUGAAGAAAAACAGUGGCGACGCACUCACAACUUAUGCCUGUAUUGUGGUAGUGCAGGGCAUUAUGCCAUCAAUUGCCCUAACAAGUCUAAAAGAACAAUAGCUAUGACUGCUGAGGGUGCACAGAUUCAACACCAAUCCCAGAUUUCAGACCAACUGGAUUCUGUCACACAACCCUUGUUUUCUCUGGCUCAGGGUGAAGAAGGUAUGAUGACUCAACAUCCUCAUUUGGUGGUGCCUAUCACUUUGCAAUAUGGUAAUAAUAAAAUUUCAACUACAGCUAUGAUAGAUUCCGGAGCAGGCGGAAACUUUAUGGACAUUAAAUUUGCAGCAGGAAAUAAAAUUCAGUCUAUCCCUAAAUCUUCACCUGUGUUAAUGGAAACAGUAGACGGUUCUCCACUUACGUCAGGCCCGGUUACACAUGAGACUGUGCCCUUAAAAUUGAUUCUGGAAGUGAAUCACCAUGAGUCUAUAUCUUUCCACCUAAUUUCCUCAACACAGUUUCCAGUGAUUUUGGGUAUACCCUGGCUUGCUCUGCAUAACCCACAGAUUGAUUGGAAGACUAGAACUUUGUCCUUUCCUUCAGAACACUGCUUAAUGAAUUGUCAACCCUCUAAGGCGACACCUGUUACCACAACAAUUAAUGAAAUGGUUGCUACAAACUUAACCAAGCUUCCGCUACAAUAUCGGGAUUUUGCAGAUGUCUGUGAUAAGAAGAAUGCUGAUCAGCUUCCACCUCAUAGGCCUUAUGAUUGCCCCAUAGAGCUGCUACCUGGAGCUGCUAUCCCAUUUGGCCGUAUAUACUCCCUUUCUGAGCCUGAAUUGAAAGCACUUCGUGAAUACAUACAAGAAAAUCUUGCCAAAGGCUUUAUUCGACCAUCCACUUCUCCAGCAGGAGCUCCUAUAUUCUUUGUAGAAAAGAAAGAUGGCAGUCUACGGCCAUGUGUCGAUUACAGGGACAUUAAUAAAAUCACUGUUAAAAACCGUUAUCCCUUGCCUCUCAUUCCUGAACUUCUGGAGAGACUUCGUUCAGCUAAAAUAUUUACGAAGCUUGAUCUACGGGGGGCAUAUAAUCUGGUUCGCAUAAGACCAAAUGAUGAAUGGAAAACAGCUUUCAGAACCAGGUACGGACAUUACGAAUAUCUAGUAAUGCCAUUUGGGCUUUGUAAUGCCCCUGCAACUUUUCAGCAUCUAAUCAAUGAUGUACUACGGGAUCUCCUGGAUCAGUUUGUUGUGGCAUAUUUGGAUGAUAUCCUGAUAUUUUCUGAUAAUCUUGAAAAUCACAGAAAACAGGUCUGCAUUGUUCUUGAGCGCCUUCGUACCCACCACCUAUACAUUAAACUGGAAAAAUGUGAGUUUGAACAAACAGAAAUUCAGUUCCUGGGGUAUGUAAUAACUCCUAAAGGUUUAAGUAUGGACGCAAGUAAAAUUAAAGCUGUGCUGGACUGGCCCAUCCCCAAGAAUGAAAAAGAUAUACAGAGAUUUGUGGGGUUUGCCAAUUUUUACAGGCGUUUCAUUAAGAAUUUCUCUGCCGUUAUUACACCGAUCACUGAACUUACACGUAAAGGGACUCCUUUUCAGUGGUCCAAUAAGGCUGACACUGCAUUUUCCAGAUUAAAGACUCUGUUUACAUCUGCCCCUAUCUUGGUACAUCCUCAGCCAGAAUUGCCAUUUACUGUAGAGGUAGAUGCUUCUGAUUCAGCUGUUGGGGCUAUACUGUCUCAAAGGACUGGACCUAAGAUGUUGUUACAUCCAUGUGCCUUCUAUUCCCGCCAGAUGUUACCAGCAGAAAGAAAUUAUGACAUAGGGAAUAAAGAACUUUUGGCUAUAAAAGCUGCCUUCACCGAAUGGAGACAUCUCUUGGAGGGAGCCACCCAUCCAAUUACUGUCCUCACAGAUCACAAAAAUCUGGAAUGUAUCCAAUCCGCUAAGAGACUGUCAGCCAGACAAGCACGCUGGUCCCUAUUUUUCUCAAGGUUUAAUUUUUUUAUUUCAUACCGCCCUGGUUCCAGAAAUGGCAAGGCGGAUGCCUUGUCUAGGAUAGCUGACCCCCUCCAUACUACAGUAACCAAGGCCACCAUCUUGCCGGAGAGCAGAUUUUUAGGAGUUACCUUUCCUUCUGAUCUAAUGUCUCGCAUUAAAAAGGGCUACUCUAAAGAUCCAGUUUUUCGUGAUCCUCCUCGUGAUCUUCAUAUGACCAUGCUUAAUGGGUUUUGGAUUUUUCAACAACGUCUGUUUGUUCCAGAAUCAGUGCGACUGGACGUUUUACGCCUCUACCAUGACUCUAAACCAGCAGGUCAUCCAGGAAUCCGAAAGACACAAGAACUACUUACCCGAUCCUUUUGGUGGCCUAAAUAUUUUGAGGAUGUUAAGAAGUAUGUGUCCUCUUGUGAUGUAUGUGCCAGACAUAAGACUCCUCGCUCAUCCCCUGUUGGCUUGCUUCAGCCUCUUCCGAUUCCUCAUCGUCCCUGGGGAUCUAUAUCCAUGGACUUUAUUGUGGAACUACCUCCCUCUAAGGAACACACUACUAUUCUUGUUGUUGUGGACCGGUUAACCAAGAUGAGUCAUUUCAUACCAGCUCGUGGUCUCCCUUCAGCUAAACAGACUGCUGACCUUGUUAUUCGGGAAAUAUUUCGCUUGCAUGGAGUGCCUGAUGAAGUAAUUUCUGACAGGGGAGUGCAGUUUACAUCUCAUUUUUGGAAAUAUUUUUGUUCUAUUCUAGGUAUUAAUGUAAAUCUGUCUUCAGCUUUUCAUCCACAAAGUAAUGGACAGACUGAGCGAACCAACCAGACUUUAGAACAAUAUUUGCGGUGCUAUAUUAGUUACCUGCAGGAUGACUGGCUGGAUUUUCUACCCACGGCGGAGUUUGCCUAUAACAAUGCCCAACACUGCUCCACUUCUCUGAGCCCAUUUUUUGCCAAUUAUGGUUACCAUCCAACCUUUCUAGUGAGUCUCCCAAUUACUACUCCCAUUCCUGCAGUCACUGACCGGCUAACCGCCUUACGAGAUUCCCAAGAACUGUUGAAGGAGACUCUUUCGGAGGCUCAGGAAUGUUACAAAAGAGCUGCUGAUAGGCACAGAAAGGAGGCCCCAGUUUAUCAUGUUGGUGACAAGGUUUGGCUGUCAACAAAGAAUCUUAAGCUUAGGAUUCCUUCUCAUAAAUUGGGUCAAAAGUUCAUGGGACCUUUUAAGAUAAUCGCUCAGAUCAAUGCAGUCACCUUCCGUCUGCAACUUCCGGAUUCCAUGAAAAUACAUCCGGUGUUUCACGUGGCACUGCUUAAACCUUUUCAUGAAAAUACUUUCCCUGGUCGAGCCUUGCCUGCCCCACCACCAGUCCUCGUGGAUGGUGAAGAUGAAUACGAGGUGGAAAAAAUUCUUGACUCCAGGAUCUUCCGCAACAAGCUUCAAUACUUGGUUCAUUGGAAAGGCUAUGGUGAGGAGGAUAGAUCGUGGGAACCAGUGGACAAUAUUCAUGCUCCUGAUCUUCUUCAGUCUUUCCAUGCACAGUACCCUGCUAAACCAGGAAAUAGGGCAUCCAGAGGCUGCGCCUGUAGAGGUGGAGGUAAUGUGAGGAACUGACUCUGCUGGGUUUCGAACCCUGGUUUACAUGGUGCUAAACCUUUUCCUUACCAGUACACCAGCCUGCCUUUUGCAAAUUUACCUGAGAUCUGAUACUAUUGUUUGUAGAGUCAAGGUUAUCAGUGACAACUCACUUCAGCUGUGUCUGGUCAGGUGUCUGGUCCUUGGCCUAUAAAAGCCACUUCCUGUCUCUGUACCUUUGCCAGAUUAUUGUGGUUCCUGUACUCUCUAAUCCAGCGUGUUCCUGUUUCUCCUUCCUGUUGCUGAAUUUGGACUGUUUUGACUUUGCUGCUUCUCCUUCCCACUGACCUCGGCUUGCCUGACUACGAUUAUCAUCUUUCUGUUCCAGUCUCCCAUCACUGCUUAAGACCAGAAGGCCACUCAAGGCUCAGGGGCUCAACCACCUGGGUAACGAGUGGCUACCUCUGGCAGAAAACAUUGCUGAUCUGGCUACUGGACUCCAAAACUUUGUAACAUCAAUAUCAUUACACCAGACCAGUGGAGCCAGACUUCAGCCAGAGCCCAUCACCAUCCUCAUCUUGUGGUAAGCAGGCAAUCCAGUAUAUUAUUAGUGGCACUAAUGUCUAAUUUACCUCACAUUAAAGGGCCAUUAUGGUCACCAGAUGGACUACAGCUUAAUGUAGUGGUUCUGGUGUCUAUAGCCUGUCCCUGCAGGCUUUUUAAUGUAAACUCACUGCCUUUUCAGAUAAAACACACUGUGUGCAGCACUGCGUUUGCCCAUAUGGCAGAUCAUAUGGGUGGGGCAUUGUGAUGUCACAUGGUGGGCAGAACAUAUGGGGGGGGGAUGGGUGGCAAAUUAUUUUUUGCCUAGGGCGGCAAAAAUCCUAGCAGGUGAUUAUCGCAGUUUAUAAAAACUGCAAUAAUUAGAUGCUCAGGGUUAAGGGUGAUGGGAGUUUGCAACCAGACCACUUCAAUGAGCUGAAGUGGUCUGGGUGCCUACAGUGUCCCUUUAAAAUGAGACAGAAAACUGAAACAUCAAAGGUAGCUGUCAUGACAACUACAACUUACUCUUAAAUGAUAGAGAAUCGGAUUUCAUCUAUACAUUGUUCUAGCAGAUUUGCUCGGAGAUGUCUAGAUUUCUCUAACAUCAGAGGUUAAAAACAGCCCUUCAACGAUCUUCUUACUCAGUCCAGUCUGUGCUGAUCUGCACAGAGAUAAGCAGACCUCCCAAAACCUGAGAAACACUCUGAGAAAUACAUUUUGUUAUUCUUUGAUACACGAAUGGCCUACUGGGAUUUGAAACUGUGAACAUCACAUCUACAGCAUAAUAAACAACGGUAAUAAUGAAGCAUGUACAGUGAGGGGAAAAAAGUAUUUGAUCCCCUGCUGAUUUUGAACUUUUGCCCACUGACAAAGAAAUUAGCAGCCUAUCAUUUUAAUGGUAGGUUUAUUUUAACAAUGAGAGACAGAAUAACAAAAGAAAAUCUUAAAGGGAGUGAUCCUAAUUUCAGCUUGUUACGUAUAUAAAAGACACCUGUCCACAGAUGAAAUCAAUCAAUCAGAUUCCAAACUCUCCACCAUGACCAAGACAAAAGAGCUGUCCAAGGAUGUCAGGGACAAGAUUGUAGAUCCACACAAGGCUGGAAUGGGCUACAAGACCAUUGCCAAGUAGCUUGGUGAGAAGGUGACAACAGUUGGUGGGAUUUUUCACAAAUGGGAGAAAUACAAAAUAACUGUCAGUCUCCCUCUGGUCUGGUGCUCCAUCUCACCUCGUAGAGUUCCAAUGAUCAUAAGAACGGUGAGGAAUAAGACCAGAACUACACAGGAGGAUUUUGUUAAUGAUCUCAAGGCAGCUGUGACCAUAGUCACCAAGAAAAAAAAUUGGUAACACACUAUCCUGUGAAGGAAUUAAAUCCUGCAGGGCCCGCAAAGUCCUCCAGCACAAGAAAACACAUGUACAGGCCCGUCUGAAGUUUGCCAUCAUCUGAAUGAUUCAGAGGAGAACUGGGUGAAAGUUAUGUGGUCAGAUGAGACCAAAAUCAAGCUCACUCGCCGUGUUUGGAGGAGGAGGAAUGCUGCCUAUGACCCCAAGAACACCAUUCCCAUCGUCAAAUAUGGAAGUGGAAACAUUAUGCUUUAGGGGUGUUUUUCUGCUAAGGGCACAGGACAACUGCACUGCAUCAAAUGGACGAAGGACGGGGCCAUGUACCGUCAAAUCUUGAGUGAGAACCUCCUUCCCUCAGCCAGGGCAUUGAACAUGCGUCGUGGAUGGGUGUUCCAGCAUUACAAUGACCCAAAACACACAGCCAAGGCCAUAGGCGUGUGCAGCCUAUUGCAUUAGGGUGUGCACCCUAAAGCACAAGCACACGCCGCAUAUAUAUAUAUAUACAUAUAUAUACACAUACACACACAUACAUACACACACAUAUAUACACACACUGGUGUGUGUGUGUGUGUGUGUGUGUGUGUGUGUGCUGUAUGAGGUUGCUGUUAGUGUGAUGUGUGUGUGACGGUGCUGGUAGUGUGCUAUCUGGGUGAGGGUGUUUGUGUGUGCGUGCUCGUGAGGAUGCUGUUAAUGUACUGUGUGUGAGGGUGCUGUUUGUGUGUGAGGGUACUGGUAGUGUGCUGUGUGUGUGUUUGUUAGGGUCCUGUUUGUGUUUGUGAGGGUACUAUUAGUGUGCUGUGUGUGUGUGAGGGUGCCGUAUGUGUGUGUGGGUGCUGUGUAUGUCUGUGGGUGCUGUGUAGGUCUGUGGGUGCUGUGUAGGUCUGUGGGUGCUGUGUAGGUCUGUGGAAGCUGUAUGUCUGUGGGAGUUGUAUGUGUGUGGGUGCUGUAUGUGUGUGGGUGCUGUAUGUCUGUGUGUGCUGUAUGUCUGUGUGUGCUGUAUGUGUGGGUGCUGUAUGUGUGGGUGCUGUAUGUGUGGGUGCUGUAUGUGUGGGUGCUGUAUGUGGGUGGGUGAUUGUGGGGGUGGGGGUACAUUACUUGCUAUCCCCCCUCCCUUCUUACCUUUUGUAGGGAGGGGGGAUCGUGCUGCUGAUUCCAUCCCUGGUGGUCCAGUGGAGAGUGAACUCUAGCCCCUGUGGGGGUAGAGUUCACUCACGUGAGAUUUGAGCGUUGCCGCGGCAACACUCAUAUCUCGCGAGAGGAACCCGGCGGAGCUGCCGGCAAUAGCUCCGCCAGUCCUCUCCUGCCUCCCUCCCUGCAUGUGGGUCGGUGGGGAGGGAGGCUGAGAGCAGAGCCGGCGCUCAGAUAGCGCCGGUUCUGCAUGAGCUGACAGGGGAGAUCCUGAGAUCUCCCCUGCCGGUCUCAAUAUACAUAGGCGUGCCGCGGGGAUUAGGGUGUGCCCAGGCAACAAAGGAGUUUCUCAGGAAGAACCACAUUAAGGUCCUGAAGUGGCCUAGUCAGUCUCCAUACCUUAAUCCAAUAGAAAAUCUGUGGAGGGAGCUGAAGGUUUGGGUUUCCAAACAUCAGCCUCAAAACCUUAAUGACUUGAAAAGGAUCUGCAAAGAGGAGUGGGAAAAAAUCCCCCCGGAGUAAACCUGGUGGCAAACUACAAGAAACGUCUGACCUCUGUGAUUCCCAACAAGGGUUUUGCCACCAAGUACUAAGAUAAAGGGUUCAAAUACUUAUAUCACUCAUUGACAUGCAAAUCAAUUUAUAACUUUUUUGCCAUGCGUUUUUCUGGAUUUUCUUUUUGUUAUACUGUCUCUCAAUGUGAAAAUACACCUACCAUUAAAAUUAUAGACUGAUCAUUUCUUUGUCAGUGGGCAAACAUUCAAAAUCAGCAGGGGAUCAAAUACUUUUUCCCUCACUGUAAUAUUGGAAAAAUACCAGUUCCACUGCACCUCUGCUCUCAGGGUAAACAAAUGUCUCUAGAACUUUGAGGAGGCAUUAUUUUUCCCUAAUACAUGCUUCAGAGUUAUGUAUAUUUUACAUUACAUUAUUUUAUAAAAUAAGGGGGAUAGGGUUCCAUCAGUAUUAGGGCAGCAAAAUGCACACACUGAUGUAGAUUGAUAGUCACACAGUCAUAGUAACCCAGUAGAAACAAACUCAACUGCCUUAAACUGAAGUGGGCUUUUUUUUGUAAAACACAAUGUGACACACAUGAUUAAGGUGUAAGCCAAACCACUGGUGGUGGCCCCACUAACCUGGCACUGCACUAACAUUAGAGCCCUGUUUUACGCUGUACCAGUUAUAGCAGACACUACAGGACUGAAAAAUGUGAUCUGCCCACUGAAAUAACAGACAUUCAUAUAUGAGAACUAUAUAAAUGCAUAACCAUGUUGGUAGUAUCAGGAUAGCAAAUACGUGCCUGUAGGCAGCUGCACACACAAUUAAUGGCACUUAAAAAAAUCGUCAUGUUAUUGUUCUCCUAGAAAUAUCAUCUUUUAUAUUAUUGUAUAUUACUGUAUAUCGUACUUUCUCUCCCACCUGAGUUGUUAAAUGAUAACAUCAAUACUUAGUCAUCCUCCCUCUUAUUCUUUAUUUACCCUGUUAUUAUGUUUUACAGUAAUAAUGUUGACUGACAUCGUGAUUGAACAGGCUCACUCCCUGCGUAAUAUAAAUAAAAAUACUUCGCAGAACGACAAGGAAGAAAGAUUUGUGGUAUACAAAGUGGUAAUGGUAAACCUGUGUCUUUUGCUUCGGUAA